AUGUUAAUAAUUUUAUUACUUGCGUAUCUUUCUUUUGCUAUCUGUAAGAAUGUAAAGUCUGAGUGGGAUUUGGACGGACCGUGCCAACUUCACGUUCAAGUAUGUUAUCUUUUGAGGAAACGUAAGAUGAGUAACUUUUUAGACAUUGGCUGAUGCUCAGGCUCGUAUGGUAGAAUGUGCUACCAACUUUUCAUCUCCUCCGAAAGUUUGCACUAAUUGUAUUGACCAGUACAUUCACUUCAAACAGAUCGAAUAUGAUACACAUCACUUGGUAAGUUUUGCUACGAAUUUAAUGAUUACUUGUUACUCGAAGCAGUAGAAACUGUUUUUUUAUAUAAAAGCGGAAAAAUAUUUGUUUUUCAAUUGUUUUGAAAACAAUUUUUAGACAAACGUCACUUCUUUGGAUAACAAAACGUGUAGCCAGAUAUUCUACGGCAACUAUCUGUUGUCUUAUGGUAAUGAGAUAUCAAAUGCGCUGACUGAGAGGAUCUGGAGGGCUUCGAGAUGUGACUGUAAGUACCCUUUCUUAGCUUAUUCGGUUUUUAGCUUGUUUGGAUAUCAAAUGGGAUUUUGAGAAGAAGAACUCGUCUAUAAGUUAUGAUUCGAAGACCAUUGAGUUUGAGAAGGUAUUGGUUAGUUGGCGACGAUGUGUGGAGAAUUUUGCUCAGCAGAAUGACACGAUUUGUGUGGAAUGUGAAAAUGAAUUCACUCAGCUUUUCAAUUACUAUUGGAAGAUCUACAAGGAACCUGGCAUCGAGUUUUGCGCAGAUGUAGAAAGCACGGUAUGUCUAUUUGAUUAUAUAAGGAUAAUAACACUAUCUAUUUUAUGCAUAAUUACGUAAUUUUAUGUCUGCUUUUGAGGAAUUUUGAUGGAAAAUAUUAAAAAGCUGUAAAUUUUGUAGAUGAACGAUACUAUGAACAUAUGGCACACGGUAUGGCAAUGCCCAGAUGACACGAAGAAGGAUAUUAAGCAUGACAUGACUAUAGUGGCCAUAUCUGCUGCUGUUUUGUUUGUUAUCAUCUCACUUUUUUAUUUGGGAAGUUAUAUCCAAGUAGAACGGGCUGAACGCAAUUUUGUCAGAUGUAAGUGUAUAUUUAGGUAUUAAUAUCUUUUAUAAUCAGUCUAUUAUUUUUUGUUUUACAUUUUUUGAUUUCGUAUCUAAUUUAAAGUUUUAUUUUUUUUAAAAAUAUUUUUGUUGUUCAGACUCCAGAAUUCAAACGCCUCGCGGGCAACGGUCUAGGCUAUUAAGCUCAUCUACAGUCGAAGGUUCUCACACUCCAUCUACUUCAUAUCACGGGUAA